GCUGGGUUAGGGUUAAAGCUCGGACCCUGGUUGGAGCUCGGAGGUUGGUCCAUGUGCGGGUUGACCUUGGGAAGAACCGCCCACCGAUAGUUGAAGUUCUUCCACGGCUUCCUUGGUGCCCAGAGCCCCGCGCCGCUCUGCCCCUCCGCGUCUCCUCCCCUCUACCGGCACCGCGGACCUCUCGCUGCAGCCGCACUUUUGUGACACUGUGUUCAAGCUCUGGACCUCGCUUUUCGUGCUUUUUGUGUUGUCAUUUUUUUCUUUCAUUUCCCCUUAUUUUUCUCUUUUCUGAGUUUAACUGAGAGGUCUUCAAAAUGUCUCCCACAAGUUCCCAGUCACCAUGGCGGUCUUUAAGAACUUCUAUCUGAGAGGUGGUCCAAGCCUAGAGAACUCCUUGAUCCUCCGCAGGAUGAGCCUCAACCUCACCCCCCACCAUCACAACCCCUUCCACGGUGAGGAGGAGGAGGAGGGGGGUAGGCAUGGCAACCCCGGCCAGUGGCCCCCCAGCAGCUCACUGCUGGACGGGGCCCGCCCCCGCGACCGCAACCCUUUCGAGGAUGAGGAGGAUGAGAACGAGGCCAACGAGGGGAAGAGAGGAGGCCUAGGAGGAGGCACCAGAAAGGGCUCCUUCAAGUUCUCGCCCCUGAAGAGUCUGGGGAAGCUGGGGAAGAACCUGAGGCUGUCGGCCCGGAGCAAGGCCAGCGACACGCCAUCGCCCCAUGGAAGCCCCUCCCCAUCUGAGAAGAAGAAGAGAGGGCGAAGGAGCUCAGAGGGCAGCCUGCUGAGGUUUGCGGGGAAAUGUCGAGACUCCCUGAGCAGCCGCAAGGAGUCCCUGACCAACGGUGAGAUGAACGGCACGGAGAGCGAGGUGGACACGGUCAGCCGACGCAUCUCCUUCAUGAAGAAGGUGGGUCUGGGGAAGACCAAGAAGGAGACCCCCACCGAGUACGGCUCCCAGGGGCCCGAGGAGGACCACGUCGAGGAGGAGCAGGUGGUGAAGCCCAGAGAGCCGCUGUCAGUGCUGGAGAUCCUGGAGCUGGUGAAGAAGAGAGACCUGCUGCUGGCCGACGCCCACAUCCUGGAGCUGGAGCAGGAGUGCACCGAGGCUGCUGCCACCGCGUCGCCGGUUUCCCCGGCGACAGCGGAGGAGGUGACCAGCCCCAGCAGGUCGUCCGACGGCGGGCGGCGCAAGGCGAAGGACGUGGAGCUGCUCUACGAGGCCCUGCAGGCGGAGCUGUGGGCGGUGCUGAGGGAAGCCCUCCGCUCCCCCACAGCAGGGCCCAACCUGGGCCUGGUGGUGCAGGUUAUCCAGCAGGAGGAGGAGGAGGACAGGAAGAGGGCCCUCCUCCCGGGACCCCCGGGGGGGUCUCGUCCGCGGGCUCUGAAGCAGAGGUGGAGGGAGGCGAUCGGGGAGCUGGCGGACAGCUCCCUCCCCCAGGGAGCAGACUUCUCUCCUGGGUCGCUGGCCGGCUUCCUGGACCGGAUCAGGACCCGGAUGGUGGAGGACCUCAUGGCUGCCAAGAGGAACGCAGUCCCUGUUUACCCGGAGGAGUACCAGGCCUUCCAGGUGUACGUGGAGAGCUAUCACCUGGCGGUUGCUAAGCGACUGGAGGGUGUAACUAAGGACCAGCUGCAGAUCUGUGACAUCUAUUCGCUGCUAGACUGGUUCUACAACAUCUACAACAGUGACGUGGUGGGAACCAUAAGUAUAACCACACCCUUCAACCGUUCCCAAUUAGGUCCUCUGUUGUCAUCUGAGACUGUAGACAGACUGGAGCUGGACUGUCUUAACUCUGUCAGGGCAAACGUGACAACAGAGCUGUCUCAGGUGCUGGAGGAGGAGGAGAAGAGGUGGAUGGAGACGCUGCACAUUGAGGAGUUCCACAUAACCCUAGCUAACACUGUGAUACAGCGGCUACAGGUUGACCUCGAUCGAUCAGUCUCUGUUAACAAGAGCCUGGGAAUCAGAGUCACGCAGUGCACGCUCAACGGACUGGCAGACUUCCUGUACAGUUUCCAGAGGAAGGUGGAGAUGUUUCAUGAGGGGAUGUCAAGUGGGAUGUUUGGAGACAAUGAAGACGGAUACGUCUCGAAAACAAUCGCUAUGGUCAACUGCUGCCCCCCCUUCAGGUGUUUCCUGAAGAGCUGUUUGCAGGUGGACGCCGUCUCCAUCAGCGAGGAUUCGUGUCGUCGAGGGAACGGUGCCUUGGACCGCAUCGUCACGCUGGGGGUCCGUGUCCUGGCAGACCGUGUCUUCCACACCAUCAGGCCGUGCUUUGAAAAGCUGGUGAAGAAGAAGUGGUUGACCAAUCCGGAGCCAUACAAGCACAUCGAGUCUCUGAUCAAAGAAAGCUUUGCCAAGUACAGACGGAUGGAAAGUCCUCCUUACCAGGUGCUGGUGGGCCAGCUCCACAGCAGGGUGCUGCAGGAGUACCUCAGGAUGCUGAUGAGGGGGAAGAUCAUCUGCACCUCGUCCAAGACGAGGAAGAAGAUGUCCGCACGCCUCAAGGAUGAAGGACAGCAGAUUAGAGCCCUCUUCAAAGAACUGGAGUCCCCAGCUUCGUGGUUGGACGGGGUCCUGUCCCACAUCUCUGAGAUCAUCGUGUUGGAGGACGUUCCCUCCAUCCAGAUGGAGGUUGGGGUUCUGGUGCGAGAGUUCCCUGAUGUCAGGAAGAAGCAUGUGUCGGCCAUCCUGAACAUCCGGGGGCUGAUGCGGCAGACAGAGCGGCAGGAGAUCCUGAACAUCGUGACGGACAUGGAGAGCAGCCCCGCCCCCAUGGCCCGGAGCCGCGCCCUCUUCUCCGAGGUCCCGGUCACCCCGGAGGUCCACUGCCUCAACCUGGGCCUGAGCCGCGCGGCCCUGGCCAUGUCGACCUGCUUCAGCCCCGCACGGCCCCCCCAGGGGUCCCCCCGCCGCCGCGCCCAGCACAACCCCGACGAUGACCUCUGACCCCUUCAGGCCCAACCCCGACGAUGACCUCUGACCCCUUCAGGCCAAACCCUGACAAUGACCUCUGACCCCUCAGGCCAAACCCUGACCAGAACCUCUGACCCCUCCCAACAAGACCAUGACCUCUGAC